UUUCGCGCUUAAACUCUCUCUGCUCCUCGUGAUUCCAUGAUUUAUCUGCUUCCAGCGCUAUCAUUUUCGUGGCCACAGCUGCUUCGUUCCAAAACCCUUGCAUCCUACGCUUCCUCUAGACACCUGCAAUUGUGUGACUGUUCGAUUUCAUUACGCUACGCGAGUUGUUUCACGAUCCACUUACUUCAGGGAAACCCCGCAGCCCCUCCAUACCUGUCACUUGGUCUUUUGUCGUUCAUCUCUUUUUAGAAAAGAAAAUAAAAAUUUAUUAUUAUUAUCACUAUCUCUCUCUCUUUCUUGCGCACACAAAGCCACGGCACCAAAAGUCUUUGCCGCGUACCAUCCUGUCGGAUCCUAGUUUUGAGUCUAUUUGUCCUUUUCCUUUUCAGACCGUAUCGGUUACUCCCAGUUGUACCAUCUCGCGAAGACAAGAUACUCGACGUUCAAGAUCGUUCUCCUUAUGGCUUACGAUGGCUAUCAGAAUAAGUCGGUCCCGUACUAUCAGUCGGGCAAUGCGAAUCAGAUGAACCCCAACCCGAACGAUUACCGCGCCUCAACGUACACACCUCCGUAUCCUUCUCAGUAUAGUCCCGAGCGCCUCAAUAUGCCGCAACCUCAAGUUCCUCCAGCCACCAUGAACCCGUAUGCAGAACCUCAACCACCACCGCAACCAAAUACGUGGCAACAGCCGUACGACGGGAGGAUCAACGAGGCUGUUAACUCCGCAUUUAACAAGGCUACCACAACCACAUAUCUUUCCCCGGAUGUUCUAGCCCAGAUAACGGCGAAUGUCAUUCAACAGCUGAAGGAGACUGGCUUGGAAAAUAUACAAAGCGACCAAUACCAUCCACCGCAACCCCCCCCUCGGCCGCCCAAAGAAUGGGCCACUGGGGCACCUACUGUAUUCCCCAAUGACUUUGCUCCAUCUCCAACCAUGGCUACACAAGAUGCAUCAGCCUCGUCAACCCACGUUGCCUAUGGAAAUGCUACUUAUAACUCACGACCACCGUCCACUGGAUACUCCGGCAGCCCUCAUCUCCAACCCAGAGCAUCCCCAGCACCAUUAUCAGAAAGACGAGGAUCCCCCGCCAGUCAGAUGAGUGAUCACAGCCAGAAAAUGGAAUCCCGGCCAAAACCGCCGUCGAGGGAAGUCACUGUCACAGAGUUGACCACGCUAGAAAAAAUUUGGGGAGCACUUUUCGAGGAUGGAAAACCCACUACAAAGCUUAGUCAGUUCUUGCGUGGGAUUGCAGUUCACUUGAUCGAAGACUAUGAACCCAAAAACAGUCUUGUCGUACUUCCGGGAAAGCUGCAGAAGUUCUAUGAGGACACAAGAGUACCGGGGGAUUACUAUCCUUGGCAGUUGAUAUUCGAUGAUGACACGUCCCACGUCUCGCGGUUGUUCCGCGAAGUGAGAGCCGAACACCACCUCGUGCAAAAAGAGAGCGAGCUCGACGAAAGGCCGUAUAUCCCCGGCCUAACGCCGCGAGGCUUUGAGAAGUGGGCUACCUUAAUGAUUCAGGUCAACCCCGAGACAGAGUAUAAGCGGUUGCAGAAGGCAGUGCUGAACAUGCCCAUCAGCAACCCAGACAACAGGAAAGAGAGGUUUCCUAAGGAGAUUCCACAAUCGCUGUUCCCGUUUGAGAAGAUACUGAGGCCUAAAUUACAAGAAGAGAUCAAAGAGUUCAUAAAGGAGCAUUGCAGUGUUGAUUUGAAUAAGGAAUUCGAGAGGUUUAAGAUACAUCAUGAGGAUUCGAUCGCAGGCUCGGUUCCUUCAUACAGUGAGCGGGAACGCAAGCCGUACCAGGCGUCUGUUUCCACGGUAGUGGACAGUGAUGAGGAAGACCUCGAAGCUCCUUCCCGUCCCAUUGAAAGACAGAGAAAACCAUACUCUGCGCAGCCAGGGGGAGGGAAAGAAUACGGCGAUUUCCAAGAACCUGGUCGUCGACAUAAAACGUCGUUCUCCGCAGGCUCCAUUCCAAGGGAGAGCCUAGCUCCCUCGGAACCUAGAGCCUCCGAGUCCCAGGGCCCUGACUCUAUCUACAUUCAACCCAGCACUACACAACGUCCUAUACCCACCAUGGGACGGAGCCCAUCCCGAGGACCUAGAACAGGUGGUGAUUAUCGACACUCUGAGGGUGAUUUGCUAGGAUAUAACGGUGGCUCUAGAUACGCUAGAGACGAUGAUUUCUAUGAUCGUUCUGGCAUAUCCACCAGCACAGGGGACAUACUUGAAGACAGUCGACUCUACCGAGAUGCUAGUCGUGAAGAAGACCAAAAGCUGUAUGAAUCUCUCCGGGAACGUGAAAAGGAGCGCGAGAAAAGCAAAUAUAACGACUACUUUCCCCAUAGAAGCAGCUGGGAUGGAGAAGAGUACUAUCGCGAUGCGCUUGGCAGCCAAGGAGGUCCAGUUGGCAGCAGUGGUGGAUACGACUACAAGACAUAUGGCUAUAAGUGAUACGUCCAAAUGAACAUCAAUUGUUCACUGGGCCAUGACAUAUUUCCCUUUACCCUUCUUUUCCUUAUCGUUCUGGUGCGUUCCAAAGUGCAAACAGAUUCCCAUUUUGUGUUCCAUUUUCGUUUCCGUCAGACAAUUCGGUUUUUGCCUUAGCGAGUUUUUUGUUGCA